UCUGUUCAUAUUCCAACAGGAUCUGUUCAUAUUUCAGCUGGUUCUGUCUACAUUCCAUCUGGCUCGGCUGCUGAAAGCACUGUUAUCACUAGAACUACUGGAAUCGUCACUGAAACUGAAGUUGUUAGUUGUGAUUCAGAAAAAUGUUCAAGCAGUACUAUUUUCUAUACUUCCAGUAUUGUGAUUGAAGAAACUAUUUUUUCAUCUACUAUUGAAGGCUUAAGCACUUUGAAGGGUAAUUUGGCUGAAACUAGUUCAUUGGCCACCGGCGAUUAUUCUGAAAGUGGUAAAAUUGACGAAGCCAGUAAUACAGUUGUCAAUGAAAAAGUCAUCGACCAUCCUCUUCCAUCUUCCUCCGCUACAACCUUGGUUGAAGCUAUCAAGGAAAGUUCAACUCCAUCUUAUGGCACAGUUGCCACUUCCAAAGACUAUUCUUAUGAACAAGCAAGUACAUUGACAACCAAAGAGAUCAACGCAGGUACAGGCGAAGUCUCAUCUUCGUUAUAUGUUGAGAAUCCUGAGGCUGUAUCAACCAGUGUUGAAUCAUCCCCAAAGGUUUCAUCUUACGUUCCAGAACAGCCUACAAUUGAAGUUGCCACAGCAAACGGUGCCGCCAUCCCCAAGGCUGCCAUCUCUUCCACUGUUUUAUGUUUCUUGGGUCUUUUAUUACUUUAA